AUGUUAUUUGAAGUUGAAGGCUGGGGAUUGGAAAAGAAAAAAGUGAAGAAAAGUGUUGGGAAAAAGAGACGUUUCAGAGAGAGUGAGGAGGAAGUGACUGACGAAGCGUCCAAGCUGGGGCUUGCAGUUCCAAAGCAGAAGAAGGAAAAGAAGGAAAAGAAGGACAAGAAGGACAAGAAGGAUAGAAAAGAAAGGGUCGAGCUGGAGGAGAAGGUCGAGGCUGGGGGGAAGACGAGGCCAGGACCGGGAUCCAAUUCUUCCAAGGAGGAAGUAGUUGAGGAGCGUCCAAGCAAGAGGGUGCAGACAUUACCGCCAGCAUACGGUGAUGACAUUGAUGCAAGCAAGUUGACGCCGUUACAGAGGAAAAUGCUCAACAAGUUGAGCGGGUCGAGAUUCAGAUGGAUCAAUGAGCAGCUCUACACGACAGACUCCAAGAGUGCCCUUGAGAUGAUUCAGAGACAGCCGGAAUUGUAUGAGGAGUAUCACAAGGGGUUUGCGAGCCAGGUUGAGUCGUGGCCGGAGAAUCCUGUUGAUGUCUUGACGCGGAAACUCGUCUACAAGGGAGUGCAGAAGAUGACCAAUGCGCCAGGUGGGCUUCUUGGUGUUGACGACCAUGGCGGAAAGACAGUCGUUGUAGCAGACAUGGGAUGCGGAGAGGCAGCCUUGGCUAUAAAUGUCGACAACUUCAUGCAAGAGUACAAGAGAGACGGCCAGAAUGCACUCAAAAAGUUCAAGAAGAAGUUCGGUCACGGAGGAGAAGUGAACCUCAAAAACCGUAAACUGGCCAUCAAGGUACAUUCCUUUGACUUAAAGAAAAUCAACGAUAAAAUCACCGUUGCCGACAUCAAGAAUGUUCCACUCCCCAAUGCUAGCGUCACUGUAGCUAUUUUCUGCUUGUCAUUGAUGGGGACGAACUUUUUGGACUUUAUUGCCGAAGCAGAGAGAAUCCUCGUCCCCAAUGGUGAACUGUGGAUUACAGAAAUCAAGAGUAGACUCGUUGAUUCCAAUGGUGGUACAUUUGUCAAUGCCAUUGAAGGUCUCGGAUUCAAACUCCGUUCCAAGGACGACAAGAACAAAAUGUUCACACAGUUUGAGUUCUACAAGAGCGACAAGAAGAAGGCAAAAUUUGAAUCGAGAAGCCACGCGCGAGGUGAAUCCACUGAAAGUGAGUGGUUGCUCAAGCCAUGUAUAUACAAGAGGAGGUAA